AUGCCUGUGAUUGUGCUAGAAGCCAGAGACUUCGCCAGUCCUCUGUUUUUGGUGCGGACUUUGGAGAUCUUAUCCGGCUGCACCACAUUCAGUCUCGUGGCCUCUCUGGAGGAUCCUGAGUUAAAUAAAAAUUCAACUAACCUCCACUUCGACACAUUCAGGAUCUUCUGCAUGUUUACCUGGUGCUUCUUCUUUAUCCUUUCACUUCUCAUCCACAUUCUCAGUGUCAUCCAGUUUCACAGCCUCAUCCCCGUAUCCUGGAAGAACCUAACGAUGACUGUGGCAGUUUUGGGAGAAUUGAUGUGUUUCACCGCCACUGUGCUUUACUCUUGGAUCAUCAUGGAUCACCAAAUGGUAUCACCACGCCCUGUGGUGGCUGCCGUGGCCUCCUGCCUCACCUGUCUGGCGUACAUCUCUGAGUCCUAUGUUCUUCGCACCCAAGCCCAUGAACAAAGAGGCUACAUGGGCAGCAUGCCUGGUAUCCUUAAGACAAUUCAGCUGUGGGGAGGCUGUCUGAUGAUACCCCUCAUUGUAGAGGUGGUCCGUGGACUGCCUAGUGGAGUACACAUUUGGCAGGUAUGGGUCACCGGCGUGUCAUACGGUGUCUGCGUCCUCGUGUCUCUAGUCACACUGGUGGUGAUAUUAGGGGACUUUGCUGGACGAUGUCUUCUUCCAUUCGACAGACUUUUGGCUGGCUUCAGUCUGAUUGGAGUUUUACUCUACAUGGUGGCCACAGUGAUUUGUUUUACCAAGAUACUACAGCUGAGAGACCUCAGACAACAAAUGCCAAAUGAAAGUGCUGGGCUGGUUAUCAUGGAAACGGUGAUUGCUAGUAUCACACUGUUAGCUUAUUCAGUGGACCUUGCCUUUUCCAUUAAACUGUUGUGUGACAGGAGUUAUGCAUGA